AGACCCCACAAUAAGAAGGCCUUUCAAAGCGUAAUGAAAGUGAACAAAUUUAUCUUGGUUUUGUGACAAUAUUCUUAAUAUAGACAACUUUAGCUUCCUUUCUAAAUAUUCGUAACAUUGCAUUUGUUUAGUAUGAAUUAUUAAAUCAUUCAUUGUGAAAGUAUACAUAAUGGAAGCUACUGGAGAUCAGUUAAUUUUGGCCACAGGUGGCUAUGACCAUUCAAUCAAACUGUGGCAAGCACAUACCGGCCACUGUAUACAUUCAAUGCGCUUUGUAGACACCUCACAAGUGAACGCACUUGACCGAACCCCUGAUAAAACUCGUUUGGCAGCUUGUGGUUACCAAUGUAUACGCCUAUAUGACAUGGAGACCAGUUGCACAACCCCUGUCAUAAACUUUGAAGGUGUUCAAAAAAAUGUAACACGCUUGGGUUUCCAAGAGGAUGGUAAAUGGAUGUUCACUGCUGGAGAAGAUCACCGUGUUCGCAUAUGGGAUAUGCUGUCGCCUCAACCACACUGCUCACGUGUUUUCGACUGUCAAGCCCCCGUUAAUGCUGCGUGCUUGCAUCCAAAUCAAGUUGAAAUCGCAAUGGGUUCUCAAAAUGGUGGUGUAUAUUUAUGGGAUGUUAAAUCUGAAGUACACGAUCAACUUAUACCGGAAGUCGAUGCCUCCAUACAGGAUGUGGCAAUCUCACCUGAUGGACAAUAUAUGGCAGCCGUUAACAAUAAAGGAAACUGUUAUAUUUGGUCUCUAAGCUCGUCGCCAAACCAACAAUUGAGUACACUUAGUCCCAAAUUAAAAAUAGCUGCGCAUAAACGUUAUGUUCUGCGCUGUAAAUUUAGUCCAGACUCACGACUGCUAAUAACUACCUCAGGCGAUGGAACUGCAAGAAUAUGGGAGACUGAACAUUUUACAAUGUGGCGUGAAUUGAGCGUGGAAAAUUAUUGGGUGUGGGAUGCAGCGUUCAGUGCCGACUCCAAAUAUGUAUUCACCGCGUCAUCGGAUGGAAUAGCUCGCUUAUGGAAGCUACAAACUAAAAACGCGGAACGAAAGUAUACGGGUCACACCAAAGCCAUUACAGCUUUGUCAUUUAAAGAUGAGAUCGUCUCAGAAUAACACGAAGUGAAGGGGAGUGAAACGAGCGGCACGUCUGAUGCAAGAAAUCAAUAUAAUCGCCGCAAAGAAAAGCGAAGUAGUCGGAGUGGUGGAAUAUGUUGCUUAUUCACAGCGUACGUUAAUGGUAUUUGAAACUCAAAUAUAUACAAGAAAAAAGAGAACAAGUUUCGUAAUAUACUAUUUUCGAAUGUGGGAUUCGAUGUUUUCAAUUGCAACAUUUUUCCCUCAGUUUUAUUAUUAGCUGCACUGUAUUUUUAUACAUAACAAUGUUUUUCUCCUAUUUUCUUGAAAAUGCAUAGAUAACAAACUAAAAUCUAAAUCAAUAAUUCUAAUUAAGUUAAAUUUAAUAAUAUUUAUAAAACGUGGUGAGGCAUAGAAAUAAAAUCUUUAAUAUUUAAUAAAAUGUUUAAUACAA